CAAAGACGCGACAACCUUUCAACGACGACUUUGACGAUGGCUUCCAAUCCGAGGUCUACCUCCGCAAUGGGCGGACAUGAAAAGACGUACUUUGAGCAGCAGCGAGAGGCCCUCAUCAGCGAGAUUGCCAUGAGCUUUGAGCAUGUGCUCGCCAACAUCAACAAGCUGAACCGAUCCCUCGAGGCUGUUAUUGCGGUCGGCAACGAAUUCUCGUCGGUCGAGGCGCUGUGGUCGCAAUUCGAAAACGUCAUGGACAAGGAGGGCGAAGGUGAAGGCGAUGGAGAAGCAAAACAGAAUCAGGAGGACUCGGAGGAAGAGCACGAGACAAAGAAGAAUCAAGAGGCGUGA